GUACGCAGCUGCUGAAGCCUGAGAGAGAUACUGGCUUACUAGGCUCCUGCUCAACACCGUGCCUCCUCCUUCAGCCAACCGCCCUUGCUCUCUCUCACACAGAGCCAAAGCCGCCAUGAAGUUUCAAAUUGAAGACAUAACCGUCUACUUCCCGUAUGACCACAUAUACCCAGAACAGUAUGCGUACAUGAUAGAGUUGAAGCGUGCCCUAGACGCCAAGGGGCAUUGCCUUCUCGAGAUGCCCACUGGUACUGGAAAAACCAUUGCCCUUCUUUCUCUUAUCACCGGUUACGCCCUCUCGAAACCACAAAACCCGAUCAAGCUCCUCUACUGCACGCGCACAGUUCACGAGAUGGAGAAGACGCUCGCGGAACUCAAGAUGCUCCAUAAUUACCAGCUCCAGCACCUAGGACCCGCUGCUAAAAUUCUCGCCAUUGGUCUCUCCUCCAGGAAGAAUUUGUGUAUCAAUCCAGACGUUGUGUCUGCCGAAAAUAGGGAUUCCGUCGACGCGGCCUGUAGGAAACUCACAGCGAGUUGGGUCAGGGCUUUGGCCGCAGAAAACCCCAAUGUGCACACUUGUGAUUUCUUCGAGAAGUAUGAGAGGGCAGCCUCUGGGGCCGUGCUGCCGCCUGGGGUUUAUACUUUGCAGGAUCUUAGGGCAUUUGGGAAGGAGAAAGGAUGGUGUCCCUACUUUCUGGCACGACAUAUGGUACAAUUUGCUAAUGUGGUGGUUUAUAGUUAUCAGUACUUGCUUGAUCCAAAGGUGGCAGGGAUUAUAUCCAAGGAAAUGCAGAGGGAGUCUGUUGUGGUGUUUGACGAGGCUCAUAAUAUCGAUAAUGUAUGUAUUGAGGCACUUAGUGUUAGCGUAAGGAGGCAGACACUGGAAGGGGCCUCAAGAAAUCUUUCUAGGAUAAGUCAGGAAAUUGACAGGUUCAAGGCCACUGAUGCAGGAAGAUUGCGUGCUGAAUACAACCGGCUUGUUGAUGGUUUGGCCCAGAGAGGAAACCUAGCUGUGUCAGAUACCUGGCUUUCGAAUCCUGCCUUGCCUGAUGACAUUUUGAAGGAGGCUGUCCCUGGGAACAUCCGCCGUGCUGAGCAUUUUUUGCAUGUUUUACGUAGAUUGGUCCAGUAUCUCAAAGGGCGCUUGGACACAGAAAACGUUGAGAAGGAAAGCCCUAUUGGAUUUGUUGCCUCCCUAAACACCCAUGCUGGGAUCGACCAGAAAACAUUGAAAUUUUGUUACGAUCGGUUGCAUUCUCUCAUGUUGACGCUAGAAAUAACCGACACAGAUGAGUUUCUGCAUAUCCAGACAAUAUGUGACUUUGCAACGCUUGUGGGAACAUAUUUUCGUGGGUUUUCAAUCAUCAUUGAACCCUUUGAUGAGAGAAUGCCACAUAUCCCCGACCCUGUAUUGCAGCUUUGCUGCCAUGAUGCUUCUCUUGCCAUAAAGCCGGUAUUUGAGCGAUUCCAGUCAGUUGUAAUUACAUCUGGAACACUAAGCCCAAUUGAUCUCUACCCUCGUCUUCUUAAUUUCCACCCUGUUGUGAGUCGGAGUUUUACAAUGUCCUUGACAAGAGAAUGCAUAUGUCCAAUGGUUCUUACACGUGGGAGUGAUCAACUUCCCGUGAGCACCAAAUUUGAUAUGAGAAGCGAUCCUGGUGUUGUUAGAAAUUAUGGAAAACUCUUGCUGGAGAUGGUCUCCGUUGUUCCAGACGGAAUUGUGUGUUUUUUUGUUAGUUACUCUUACAUGGAUGGAAUUAUCAGUGUUUGGAAUGAUAGUGGGAUUCUUAAGGACAUUAUGCAGAAUAAGCUUGUCUUCAUUGAAACACAAGAUGUUGUAGAAACUACUUUGGCCCUUGACAACUAUCGUAGAGCUUGUGAUUGUGGGAGAGGUGCAGUUUUCUUCUCCGUUGCCAGGGGAAAAGUUGCUGAAGGAAUAGACUUUGAUAGACAUUAUGGCAGACUAGUGAUCAUGUUUGGUGUUCCUUUCCAAUACACACUAAGCAAAGUACUACUGGCACGGUUGGAGUACUUACGAGAUACCUUCCAGAUAAAGGAAGGCGAUUUCUUGACUUUCGAUGCCUUGAGGCAAGCUGCUCAAUGUGUGGGUCGAGUGAUCAGAUCAAAGUCUGAUUAUGGAAUGAUGAUAUUUGCUGAUAAAAGGUAUAGUCGUCAUGACAAGCGCUCUAAGUUACCUGGCUGGAUACUAUCACACUUGCGUGAUGCACACCUAAAUUUGAGUACUGACAUGGCCCUGCACAUUGCACGAGAGUUCCUCCGGAAGAUGGCUCAGCCCUACGAUCGAACUGGUGGCAGUGGUCGAAAGACCCUUUUGUCUCAAGAGGACUUGGAAAAGAUGAGAAAUGAUGGAAAAGACUUCGAAAUGUUAUAAUGAGGUUAUGCGGUAAGUUUCAUUUCCAUGAGCGCUCUCUCUCUAGAUCAUCAUCCGCUUCUACUUUUCGCCAGUUAUCAUUUGGGAAGAUGGUGUUCGAAGCUAGGCGUCCAAUGAUGGGAGUCCAAAGAAGAUUGGUUGUCAAGUUAGAACUGUAAAUUUUGUUUGUGGUUUAGGUGAUAAAUUUAUUGUGCCUUGUAAGCUCAUAUUUUCCUAUCAAUGUCUUUAUUGUAUGUUUAACAUUUGGUGUCAGGUUACAGUUGAAGGAUUACUGCUUAAUUGACUUGUACAAACAACUAUCUUAAAAUCCCAGGCUAUACAUAUGCUUUAUAACCGUGAACAUUA